AUGUCCUCACCACCCAAACCCUACCACGGCUGGGUCGCCCACAACGCCACAGACCCCCUAACCUACACAACCUUCACCCCCAAACUCUUCACCCCCACCGACAUCGAAAUCAAAGUCUCCAGCUGCGGCAUCUGCGGCACAGACAUCCACACCCUCAGCUCCGGCUGGGGCCCCACCGACUACCCCUGCGUCGUGGGCCAUGAAAUCAUCGGCAUAGUCACGCGCGUCGGCGCGGACGUCCCAACCCUGCCAUCCUCGCCCGCAUCCCGCGAUAUCAAAGUCGGGGAUCGGGUCGGGGUAGGCGCGCAGAGUGGCUCAUGCUUGAAAGCAGAGUGUGAGGCGUGCACUGAUGGACGGGAGAGUUACUGUCCGAGGAUCAUGGGGACGUAUAACGGGCGGUAUCCCGAUGAGGAGAGGAGUAAGUCGUAUGGGGGGUUUGCGGAGUAUUGGCGCGGGCCGGCACAUUUCGUGUUUAAGAUCCCUGAUGCGUUGCCGUCUGCUGAGGCGGCACCAUUGCUGUGCGCGGGUGUUACCAUGUUCUCGCCGUUGCGGAAGUACGGUGCUGGGCCAGGGAAGUCUGUGGGAAUUGUCGGGAUUGGGGGACUUGGUCAUCUGGGUGUUUUGUUUGCCAAAGCAUUGGGUUGUGAUCGAGUGGUUGGAAUCUCGCGCACGUCGGGCAAGCGCAAGGACACGCUCGAGGGACUAGGCGCAGAUGCCUUCAUCGCAACAGAUGAAGAACCGAAAUGGGCGCGCGCGCAUUCCCGCUCGCUGGAUGUGAUCAUCUGUACGGUCUCGUCGCCGGACAUGCCAUUAUCUGGAUACCUGCGCUUGCUGAAGACAGACGGCGUGUUUGUGCAGGUGGGAGCACCGGAGCAGCCAUUACCGCCUGUUAUGGCGUUCUCGUUGAUCCAGAAGGGUGUUAAGAUCACUGGGUCGAAUAUCGGGUCACCGGAGGACAUCAGGGCAAUGCUUAAGUUAGCCGCUGAGAAGCAUGUGUUGCCGUGGAUCCAAAAACGGGCUAUGAAGGACGUUAACGUCGCAUUGAAGGAUAUGCAUGCUGGGAAGGCUCGGUAUCGAUAUGUUUUGCUUAACGAUAUGGAGACGGGGACACAGGCAAAACUUUAA